CACAUCCUUAACAUAGAAAUCUCAUCAUCAGUAAAAUGUCUUCUUUCCGAUCCAUAGCUCUGCUUUUCUUUGUAGUUCUGCUUCACGGGGGUUCAUUGUCAUAUGGCCAACUGAGUUCUACAUUUUACGAUGAAACUUGCCCCAAUGUGUCAAGCAUUAUACGUGGAGUUCUCGCAAAUGCUCUGCUCUCAGAUCCCAGAAUUGGGGCAAGUCUCAUUAGGCUUCACUUCCAUGACUGCUUCGUUAAUGGCUGUGAUGCUUCGAUUUUGCUGGACAAUAGUGACACCAUAGUGAGUGAGAAGGAAUCACUGGCUAACAACAACUCCGCAAGGGGUUUUGAUGUUGUUGAUGCAAUGAAGGCACAGUUGGAGACUGCUUGUCCUGCUACCGUCUCCUGUGCUGACAUUCUUGCAAUUGCAGCAGAAGAAUCAGUUUGCUUGGCAGGAGGCCCAUCCUGGCCAGUUUUGUUAGGAAGAAGAGAUAGCAGAACUGCAAACCGCACACUGGCUGAUAAUUUCCUUCCAGCUCCUACUGCAACCCUGGAUCAACUCAAAGCUAAAUUCUUAGCUGUUGGACUUAACAAUAGCACAGAUCUGGUUGCGUUGUCGGGUGCUCACACAUUCGGACGGGCUCAAUGUAGAACAUUCAUAGGCAGACUGUAUAACUUUAGCGGCAGUGGAAAUCCUGACUCUACCCUGAACUCAACCUACUUAGCAACAUUGCGCCAAUUAUGCCCUCAAGGUGGAAAUGGGAGUGUCCUGACAGAUCUCGAUCCCACCACACCUGAUGCCUUUGACAGCAACUACUUUACCAACCUUCAAGCUCAACAAGGUCUGCUUCAAAGUGAUCAAGAGUUGUUCUCCACUGCUGGGGCAGACACCAUUGAAAUUGUUAAUAGAUUUAGCAGCAACCAAACUGCAUUCUUCGAAAGUUUUGUUGAAUCUAUGAUAAGAAUGGGAAACAUCAUGCCUUUGACAGGUACUGAAGGGGAGAUUAGAUUGAAUUGCAGUGUUGUUAAUAGUGAUUCAAUCACAACUGCUAGAUCAAAUGGAGGCCUAGCUAGCUCCAUUGGAUUUGAUCAACAACAACAAGGCUAAUAAAUAGCCCUCUUUUAUGCUUGUGUAUUUUGCUGAAUAUAAAUUAAUGAAUAAAGCUUGUUUGCAUCUUAUUAUCUUUAUGUUAUGCUGCCAAAUCAUUCUAGUUUACUAACAUUAAGUUAGCUGACAUGUUCAUUAAAUUCAAAAUUUUGAU